AUGUUGCGCCGGGAUGACCGCCGCAUCAUCAUCCAUUUUGACUACGAUUGCUUCUAUGCCAGCGUGUUGGAAGCCGAAAACCCGGCUCUCAAGUCAUUACCGCUAGCCGUACAGCAGAAACAGAUUAUUGUCACCUGCAACUACGAAGCUCGCAAGCGAGGCCUGAGAAAGUUGCAGCUCAUCAAGGAGGCCAAGCAGAUAUGCCCCGAAGUUGUCAUCAUCCUCGGCGAGGACUUGACAAAGUUUCGCGAUGCAUCAAAGGCCCUCUACGCCCAUUUACGCUCCUUCUUGUGGGGCCAGAAGGCCGAGCGACUGGGGUUUGAUGAGGUAUUUAUGGAUGUCACGGACAUGAUCAAUCAUAACGUCGGUCUUUUAAACCCAAAUGACUUAGUGCAUUCCUUCUUUUGUCUCGACCAGCAAGACCCAACACAGGGCUUCGAAUUCGAUGCCACCAAGUUCUGCGGGCCAACAUUCCCAUCACCAUGCCACAAUCCUCCCGGCGGCGACCGGAUGGAUCUGUUAACUUACCGUCUCGUUUUGGGAUCGCACUUAGCACAUUACAUCCGAUCGAGUCUCGACCACGAAUGCGGCUACACUGCCACUGUCGGCAUAUCCACCUCUAAACUAUUGGCUAAGCUUGUCGGCAAUGUCAAUAAGCCCAACAUCCAAACAACCCUGAUCCCACCCUAUACACAUUCCUUUGAUAACGCCGAUCUGAGCAACGUGAUCCAAUUCAUCGACGACCAUGAAGUUGGCAAAAUCCCAGGCAUCGGCUUCAAGUCGGCCCACAAGCUCAGAACGUACUUUCUUCGCCGCGAGCCUACCUCCCAGCCGUAUACUGAACGAGACCACAAUGACCAAGUCAAAGUGCGAGAUCUGCGCCUAUCGCCCGGCAUGGGUGCUCCAAAGUUAUUAGACCUUCUGGGCGGGGCUGGGGCUCCUAAAGAUAUUGGGGUUCGCAUUUGGGAGCUGUUGAAUGGGGUUGACAAUAGCGAAGUCUUGGAAGCCCGAGCCGUUCCGACGCAAAUAAGCAUCGAGGACUCGUACCAGGGAAUCAAUCAUUUCGAAGAGGCCAAAAAGAAACUACAGAUUCUAGCAACAAGCCUCGUGAAGCGAAUGAGGACUGACCUGGUCGAAGAUAAUGACGAUGGCACUGGCCGUUGGUUAGCACACCCCCGCACCCUUCGUCUCUCUACUCGCCAGAGGUCACCUCGAAAUGCCGAUGGCUCAAGAGAAUACAGUUACGCCAAUGGACGAAUAUCACGAUCGGCUCCCGCCCCAAGUUUUCUCUUCAAUUUAGGGGAAGGCAUUGAGUCCAUUGCUGAGAAACUUGUAGAAGAGAGCCUUGUGUCUAUGUUUCGUAAACUACACCCGGACAAAUCGUUUGGUGAGUUGAGCUUGAUCAAUAUUGCAGUCACCAACAUGGUGGAAAGUGCAGGCGACCAGAAACAGAGCAGUGGCAGGGAUAUUGGACAGAUGUUCAAGAACCAGGAGUCCAGCUUGAAGAAGCGGCCUGAGGGGACAUACUCUGACCGUCAACCUCAGCACCGUCAAAAUUCGUCCCCGAGUUGGGAAGCAAAUACACCACUCGAUGAGGCGACCUGGGAGGAAAGCGAGGAUGAAGAGGAGUCUCCUCUAGCUCAUACUUGUGAUAUCUGCGGUGCCCAUAUUCCUGCCUUUGCAUUGCCGGCACACGCUCUGUAUCACGCUGCUCCUGAUUAA